CUUCUUGUCGAACGUCAAAUUUUGACGUCCGACAAUUUGACAGAAGCUGACAGUAUUGAUUAUUCAUUAUAAGUUUUUUUAGCUUGUAGCAGAUUUUAACAAUUUAAUUACAGUGCAAAACAAUAGUACAUACAACAUAACACUAUGGAAUAAUUGAAAUCCGAAAAGUACCGUUACUGUAGAAUACUAAUUGAGGUUAGAUCUGAUAACAAGAACUUGCUUCAAAAUGACUGCAGAUUUGAUAGUAGAUCCUCAAAUAAGAUUUUGGGUGUUCUUACCGAUAGUGAUAAUAACGUUCUUGGUGGGGAUCUUAAGACAUUACGUAUCGAUUUUACUGUCUAGUCAAAAGAAGGUGGAGAUACAACAACUAGCAGAUUCUCAGCUAAUAUUAAGAGCAAGGGCUCUGCGUGAAAACUCUGGGUAUAUCCCGAAAAAUUCCUUUUUGAUAAGGAGACAAGCCUUUAAUAAAGAAGAUGGAUAUUUGAUGCAAAAACGUCCUCCGGUCACUCAGAACAUGAUGACAGAUCCAUCAAUGAUGACGGACAUGCUGAAAGGCAAUUUAACAAACGUAUUGCCCAUGAUAAUCAUAGGGGGUUGGAUAAAUUGGAUGUUCUCUGGAUUUAUCACCACAAAGGUACCCUUCCCUUUGACUUUGCGAUUUAAAUCUAUGCUUCAAAGGGGGAUCGAGUUGUCUCAUUUAGAUGCUAGUUGGGUAUCGUCGGCGUCUUGGUAUUUCUUGAACGUUUUUGGAUUAAGGAGCAUUUACACUUUGGUUUUGGGUGAGAAUAAUGCAGCGGAUCAAAGCAGACAGAUGCAGGAACAAAUGCAAAUGACGGGGGCAGCAUCGGUUAUGCCCGCUGAUCCCAAAGUACCAUUUAAGGCUGAGUGGGAAGCUUUGGAAAUCGUUGAACAUCAAUGGAAAUUAACAGAUGUAGAAAAAGAAUUCUUACAAGAUGAAUAAAUUUUAAUAUAUGUAUAAUUUUAUACUUAAUUGAAUUGGACAAAUUGUCCUUGUUAUAAUUAAAAUUGUUGUUAUUUUAAUUCCUUUAAUAGAUAUGUUAUAAUUGUUAUAUGAUUAAGUAAUUUAAUUGUAUUUUAAUUCCAUAUGUAAUAUUGCCUGUUUUGUUUGGCAUUAAUUGAUAAUUGAUAAAAUAUAAAAAGAGAAAAUUUAAAUAAACUAAAUUACUGUAUUAAUACGUAAA